AGAGCGCUUGCGCGCUAGUAAUGUGAACUAGUAGGAAACAUCAGUGGGGGAAAGGUGCGAGACUAGCGACAGAUAAAGCACUCUGAGGCAGGUUUGCGACGCAUAAAUGUUUUGAUAUCAUAACGCGAGCACGGAACAUUCAUUAAAGCUCAAAUACUAGUCUCGCGGAUGGUGUUUUAGACUGCAUUUAUGAGUUCAGGCAAAAGCUCUUGCUAGCUGCUGUAAGUUAGCUCGUGGGAUCAAGCCAGAAAUAACUAAACGCAAGUCUCGUGCCAGAUAACCGAUAGAUCAUCGCGAGCUCUCCGCGGGACCCUCAGUCUGGAGUUUGUUGAGUUUGGACUCGCUUUUCAGUGGAGACUUCCCUUUAAAGCUCUUACUGUUGACGCAUCACCCAUAGUACUGUAGUUUGAGUUUACGUUUUGGUGAUGAUAAAGCAGGAGUGUAUAUAUCUGCUGUCUUGAGAUGUGGCCUGCGUUUGUUUGACAAUCAUGGGAGGAUGCGUGGGGAGAGAGCGCGCGGAGUCACGCGGACACGGCUCGAGGACGCAGAGGAAACGUGGAGGUCGUAACGAGCCACUGAAGAAAGACAAGCUGAAGUGGAAGAGCGAUUACCCAAUGACGGAGGGGCAGCUCCGCAGUAAGAGGGAUGAGUUCUGGGACACGGCUCCAGCAUUUGAGGGCCGCAAGGAGAUCUGGGACGCCCUGAAAGCCGCCGCUGUGGCUCUGGAGUGUAACGAUCAUGAGCUGGCUCAAGCUAUAGUGGACGGAGCCAACAUCACGUUGCCACACGGCUCCCUAACUGAGUGUUAUGAUGAGCUUGGAAACCGUUACCAGCUACCGGUGUAUUGCCUGGCCCCGCCUGUCAACCUGAUCACAGAAAGAAGCGAGGAAGACCUGUCGGACAACCCUGAGCCCCAGACGGCCCAGAAGAAAGAGUUCCAGCUGAAGGUACGGCUCUCCACCGGCAAAGACCUGCGCCUGAACGCCAGCAUGACCGACACCAUCGGCCUGCUGAAAAAACAGCUUCAAGCUCAGGAGGACAUUGACCUGGCCCACCAGCGCUGGUUCUUCUCUGGAAAGCUCCUCACGGACAAGACCCGCCUGCAGGACACCAAGAUCCAGAAGGACUUUGUGAUCCAGGUCAUCGUGAACCAACCGACACCAAACCACUAGAACCGCAGCAGCUAAAAGAUUAAAACAUUUUGCACAACAACAACAACAAAAAAAAAUGAAUCGAGCAACUUGAUCCUGCCGGAGAUUUAGAUUGAGAAACAAAUAAACGGAUUGAGCAGAAGUGCCGACGUGAAUUUGAUAGCGAAGCACACACUGACUAUGCAUAUCCUGUAAAGUACCUGCGUGGUGAUCUCCCUUUGUAAGAUAAUCGAACUUGAGCUUCAUUUUGCACACUUGAGUAUCUUAGAAUAGCUGUGCCUUGAAAAGAAGAGUUAUUUUGCUUACGAGGCAUGUUCGUUCACUCUCAGUGCGGCCACAUGCUUCGUGACGUCUCUGAGCACAACCCUGAACUUUCUAUGCAAUCUUAGGCAUAUCAUUAUUCAAUGUAGCUAAUCCACGUUUCAGAGGCCAGUGAUGCUUAAAAGGUAAAUCGAGUGCACAAAGACACAUUAAACUCGCAGUGAUGCAUCUUCAUCUCCUGGCACUGCCCGCUCUCUGUGCCCAUCAUCUUGUAGAUGAAACCGUAUCGCUGCCUCUAAAAGGAAGACUGGACACACUAUCACUUUAAUGGCUGUCUGACUUCCUCUGUUCCUCUUUUAUAGUGCUGUUAUGCUGUAAGCGCUCAGGCUGUGAUCAGAGAAUAUUGCUGAUAUUUUGAGAGAUUAUAUUCUGUACUAUUUCUGCUUUUUUAAACUGUUUAGAGUAAGACUUUUUAAUGAUUCUUAACCCUUUAUCAGUGGCAUUACAACAAGCGUCGGCAUCCGUAACAA